UAAAAAUAAUAUAAUAGUGUUUUUUUACCUACCUACUUAUCAAGGCAUUUAUAUUUUUUACAAAAUUAAUAUAUAGAAUACACACUGGUGUCGUUUGUAAAUCAUUAUUUGAUUAUUUAUGCAAAUAGGUGCAUAUUUUUAUGCACGCAUAAAUAGCCUUCAAAAUGCUCAAAAUACGAAUUAUUUCACAAAGCGCAGUAUUUAUAUUAAAACGCAACAUGUGUACACAAGAAGCAGAUGUGUUAUUUGAAACCCUGAAUAAUGCUGGUAUCAUAACAUUAAAUAGGCCUAAAGCUCUUAAUUCUUUGAAUACGUCUAUGGUAUCCAAACUUCUACCACAGUUACAAGAAUGGGAGAAAAGUAAGACUUUAGUAGUUGUCAAAGGUGCAGGAGAGAAAGCAUUCUGUGCUGGAGGUGAUGUUAAAACUGCAUGUAAGCCUGACGAAGGGCCAAAAUUCUUCUUUACAGAGUAUAAUGUCAAUUAUUUAAUAGGAAAAUAUAAGAUUCCGUAUGUAGCUAUAAUGAAUGGUAUAACAAUGGGGGGAGGUUUGGGUUUGUCAGUUCAUGGACGAUACAGAAUAGCAACAGAGAAGACAAUGAUAGCAAUGCCUGAGACUAAGAUUGGAUUGUUCCCUGAUGUUGGUGGAUCAUACUUCCUUCCUCGGCUUCAAGUAAAUCUAGGAAUGUAUUUGGGCUUAACAGGUGAUAGACUAAAAGGGAAGGAUGUAGUAAAGUCGGGCAUAGCAACACACUUUGUAUCCAGCAAGCGGUUGUACGAACUUGAGAAGCUUCUGUCUCGUUGCACCAGCGAUGUGGAGGUCCAGUCUCUGCUCAACAAAUUCAAUGAGCCGCCAGAAGAAUUCUCAUUGGCUCCGAAUAUUAAACAUAUCAACUACUGCUUCGCUGCUUCGACUGUGGAAGAGAUCAUUGAACGACUCGAGAAAGUGAAGAAUGAAUGGUCCAACAAGACCAUUGAGAACCUUCUGCAGAUGUGCCCCGGGUCUCUGAAGAUCACCUUGCGGGCGCUGCAGCGUGGAGCUCAGUUGGAACUGCCGCACUGUCUGCAGAUGGAGUACCGGCUGUCGUGUCGGGCCACCCGCAACCAUGACUUCCCCGAGGGUGUGCGUGCUCUGUUGGUAGACAAGGACAAUAAGCCCCAGUGGACGCACAAGAGCAUCAGCGAGGUCGACGACGAAUACGUCGAGGGUUUCUUCAAACGUCUGCCUGCUGACGAGGAAUUGCAGUUCUUCGACUCCAAACUGUAAGAUGACCCCGAAAUACGAAUACUACGUGAUAUAGAUACGCCAUAAUUUAUACUAAUUAUUAUCGAAUAUUCGAUUUUCAAAUAUCGAAUUCUGAUAAUUCGCAAGGGACCGUUAUUUUUCUAUUUCUGGUUGUAUAUGAUGUACGUAAUAUGUUACAUUUAUGUUAAAUUAUAGCGUACAGCGGCACACUGCCAUGUUAUGUCAAACGGGCCUGGACUCGAUUAAAUUAGCAUAUUGUAUUUCCUUUCAAAAAUUUUGCCAUUCCACAGAGAAUAUGAUGUAUGUAUAUUAUUUUAUACAGUGUUAUUAAUUUUAAUGUGUAGGUACAUACUAAAUAUUAUAUAUAAGGGAAAAUAUAUUGAAAUGUAUUCCAAAGCAAUUUAUUUGCGAAUUUAAGAGAAUAUGCAUACAAAUAGCGCGCCAGUUGAUUGCAGUCGGAGGCUGGGGUGAAGAGGAUCUCCUCCCGCUGUCCUCACUCCCCGCCUCGCGCGCCUGCAGUGUAGUGCUGUGCCGUCGUUGACAGUUAUCGUACGCAUACUGUGUUAUCGCGUUAAUACUAAAUUUAAUAAUGGCUGAACCGAGUCCGUCAGGUUCCGUUCCAAAAAAAAAAGAAUUAUGUGCGUACAAAGUACACAUGUCAGAAGUAAAACCUGCGUUGCGCAUGAACCUCUAAACUGCAUAUGAAGUCCUGGUACAUGUUACAACCGCUAUGAAAGACAUUACUAUCACCGCUCCCAUAUUUAUGUUUUCCUGGUGUCUGUGUAGUAAAACGUCGUGCGCAUGAAUAUAUUAAGGUAUACUCGCGUCAUACAUAAGACAAUUCUUCUUCAAAUAUGAUCGCCUGGUACCGAAACACAUUAUAAUGCUUCCUAUCUCAUUCCUCCCACAUUAAAAUCAAAAUCUUUUGAAUUAUGUGUCUGUCUCUUUUUUACUGUCGCUUUUUCGUUUCAUCGACUUUCAAAUCACGACGAUGCUAAAGAAGUUUUCACGUCAAAAACGAAUUUUUAUUCAUCGCCAAGUACGAGAAAUGCCGAAAAUGUUUUAGACAUCCAGUGGGAGGCUCCUUUGCACAGGAAGCCGGCUAGAUUUAGGUACCACAACGGCGCCUAUUUCUGCCGUGAAGCAGUUAUGUGUAAACAUUACUAUGUUUCGGUCUGAAGGGCGCCGUAGCUAGUGAAAUUACUGGGCAAAUGAGACUUAACAUCUUAUGUCUCAAGGUGACGAGCGCAAUUGUAGUGCCGCACAGAAUUUUUGGGUUUUUCAAGAAUCCUGAGCGGCACUGCAUUGUAAUGGGUAGAACAAAAUGGCAGAAAAAAAUUUGAGAUUUAACCUAGUGUAAAAUGGUAAACUCGAAGCAUUGUUUAAAUUUAUCGACAUACUCAUGAUUAUAGUCAUCAAUUGUAAUUCGGUCUCAGCACUAUCGCAUUCCUGAACAAAACUAGCGCGUUAUCUGUAAUUAUCGUUGUAUAAGUUGUUUGAGCCCAAGGCAGAUAAGUGUAUCUUUUUACUAAUUAUUCUAUAUGUUUUAUGUUUUGUAAACGGGGACACUUAUAUCAUAAUCAUAAUACCUAUAUGUUUAUUUUUAUUACUUUGUUUACAAAAAGCAGCAUUCAAUUAGGUAGGAUAUUGUAUAAUAGUUUUUAUAUGAGCUACAGAGUAAACAUUGCAUAGAAUACACAGAUUAAAUUUAUGAACGAUGCGGGACUCGAACCAGUCACAAUUCACAAGUCACAACCUGAAAGUUGAACAAGAUAUAUCAAAAUUUAGCACCCAUACGUACACGAACGGUUGGCUCAGUUGGUAAGAGCGCUCGGACGGAGCCCGAGACGCGCGGCUUCAAGUCCCGCAUCGUCAUAAAAUUUUGGUUACUUAAUUUAUAAUUACUCCCAGAAGUUAGGGUUAUAACUUUCAAAUAACAAAUUGUUUAGAAUAGAAAGAUUUAAGCAGUGUAUCAAAGGUUAAUUACAUAGUAGUCAAUAAAUUAAUUUGACGAAACCCUAGCGAGCGAUAUGUUUUUGCGAAUACGACCAAAAAGACAUCAUAAAUGUGUAUCUGAUAACAAAUCUACUGUAGCUUGACAUUAAAAAAAAUGUCAUCUUAUCUAACUCCUGUCACAAUGAUUUAGAUAAAAAAGCAGUCACAAUAUUUAACUUCUUUAUUAAUGACGGUUGAGAAUAUCAUUUCAAAUGUUUAUAUUCGGAAUUAACCGGUAGGUAGGAACACACAGGCAGAGAUAUCUACCCUUAAUCGUAAAAAAGUAAUUCUCAAAUAUAAAGCAAAUUUUGAAAAUUUCAAACAUACAUAUUAUAUAUUAGGUAAACAUACAUAUUACAUAUGAAAUUGGCGUUUUGUACGGGAGGAACAAAAAGUCGAAUAUUUUUAAAUAUAAUAUAUUUAAUUAAUCAAAGUAUGAACCAUUGUUUUCUAUGCACUUUUGCCAUCUCAUAGGUAGUUCAAUGAUCCCUUUACUAAAAAAAACAGUCGGACGGGAAUCAAUAAAAUCUGUGAAGGCGAUUUGGACUGCCCCAUCAGAGUUAUCUUUUUCCCUUGCAAGAAGUUGUCCAAAUUUCGAAAAAAAUGGUAAUCUGUUGGAGCAAGGUCCGGGGAGUACGGAGGAUGUCUUAGACAUUCCAAUUGAAGCUCUUCUAAUUUGGUAGCCGUCUGUUGUGCAGUGUGUGGUCUAGCGUUGUCGUGAAGUAGCAGUGGUGUGGAGCGAUUGACCAGCCUAGGUUGUUUAGCCGCUAGCUUUUCCAUCAUGGUUUGCGAUUGCUGACAAUAGACAUCAGCCGUAAUAGUCUGGCCAGAUUUGAGAAAACUGCAAUGAACAAUACGGGCACUAGUCCACCAAACGCUUACAAGUAACUUUUUUGGGGUUAAUUUUCGCUUGGGCAGGAUUUGGCUGGCUGGCCAGGACCCAACCAUUGCGCUGAGCGCUUCCGAUUAUCGUAAAGAAUCCAUUUUUCAUCACAGGUAAUGAUUCGGUUUAAAAUACCUUCAUUAUUGUGCCGGUUCAGUAAAUUAACGCAGCAGUCGACGCACGUUUGCCGGUUUGCCUCAGUCAAUUCGUGAGGUACCCACCUUUCAAGCUUUUUAAUCUUCCCAAUUUGCUUCAAGUGAAUUAAAAUAGUUUUAUCACUAACACCGCAGCCUGCAGCUAACUCGGAUGUGGUUUGCGAUGGAUCCGCUUCCACAAUAGCCUUCAAUACUUCAUUAUCAACUUGGGUCUCAGGCCGUCCACGGGGCUUAUUCUGCAGGUCGAAAUUUCCAGAACGAAAACGUUGGAACCAAAAACGAACUGUGUUUUCUUUUGCAACAUGACCGCCAUACACAUCAUUCACCCUCCGAGUCGUUUCCGCAGCACUAGUGCCACGGCGGAACUCGUACUCGUAAAUAAUGCGAUACUUUAAGUUUUCCUUUUUGUAAAAUGAGUGACGCAAACAGAAAAAAACAGAAGAAAAAAACAAAUGAAUGACGGUCAUCGAAGCACAAAUACAUGAGUAAAUAGCUGUACAAAUUUGAAUUUGGAAUUCCUUACCAAAGAGAAGAACAUCGUGAUUAAAGUGGCCAGUACGAAAUACGCCAAUUUCAUAUGUAAGGACCUAAUAUUAUAGUAACAUAACUUUUAAUCACCCUAAUCACCCUGCUUAAGACGGAGUAGUUGUCAGGUGCCUAUGCUAGCGCGCGACUACUAGGAUUCUAACAGGUUGUUCCGAAAUGAUUUUAUGGAAAAUAGAUUUAUUAAGAAGGACAUUUAGGACGUAAUUCAAGAAAAAUAUUCCAAACCACAAUUAUCUCAAAAUUGAGUUAAGAACACAAAACUGGUCACGUGAUUCAUAUUAACGGACUGACAAAAAUUGGCCGCCCUAACUACUGUCACUCUUAAAAUGACAUCAUGACUUACGGCCGUUCCCAAUAUACUAUCUACAGAUAGAGAUAAAUUACUACCUUUUGCUGUCAGUAGGUAGCUGUCAAUAAUCUGAAGCUUGGGACAGCUAUACCCGAUAAGUCAUUCUUAUCGCCUUAUAUUGGGACGCGUGAAUUGCAAUUUCUAUACAAACUUCUAUCGCUGGUAAGCUAUACGUCGUCCCAUUGACAGACAGCGUGUACGGAUAAGUCAACGAUGGUUACGAUAUUUAUCUUAAGUAAGAGAUAAACUGAAUAUGGGGAACGGCCGUUAGUAGCCCAACCCACAUGAAUGGAAUACACUAAUAUUUAUUAAACUUUAAUUAACACGAAUUCCUUAAAAUGUGCUGUUUGUGGCUUGGAACGUUUUUUCAGAAACUACGUGCAAUUAAGUAUGUGUUUUAUUUUUGAAUAUUUUUUUUAUGAUAACGGUUAAAUAGUUCUUCCCGUGUGUUUAUUUAAUGUCGCUUUUGUAACGCCACGUUGUUUAGCCACAUUAAUUUUUAUAAAAUCUUGUUAAAUUAUCAUCCAUUCGCAUAUACGCUAAGUAUAGUCUGUAUUAGACAUAGUGCCUUGACUAUAUCACAUAUUUUAUAAUAUUAUAUUGCUGUUGUUUAUGUAUAUUGUAGAGGUUUGUUGGCUGUGUAUUGAAAAUUAGUAUAUUGAAAGGUGUGGGUUACAGAUUGCAUUUAUAUAAUAUGUGUAAUUUGUAGUUUUAUAUGUUUUUUACAAAAUGUGUGUUACUCGAACGUUAUCUGGUAAGACUGCCAUGUUUAUGAAAUGUUUAUUGAUUGUAA